AUGGUUCUGGUGCAAUCCGCAGAUGCGGUGCAGCAAACCAGAGGAGUCGACCAUGAAGGCCGAGUACUGCUGAACAUUAAGCCUACUUGGUAAUUAAUCACUGACAAAGACAGAAACCCUACUCAUGGAGGAACCUGCAGCGCCAAGCUGAAUCAGACGGGAACACCAUGCAUCCGAUCAGGACAGGAGAUCAAGAAAUAUUCGGUACAAAACCAAAGAGGAAGCAGCAUUGGAAAAGCCAAGGCGUCUUAAGUGAAGAGAGAGAAUACACAGCGGACGUAGAGGACGACGAAACGGGAAAGAUAAGAACCCAGAUUUGCGGAGUAGGAGUAACACAAAGAAGAGCCGAGGAAACACAUGAAUGGGUUCAGAAUCUGAGGGGAAAAUGAUAAGGAAUUCACGGAACCUGCUGGGGGGGUCGCUGCAGAAUUCCUUCAUCUUCCCUCUCUCGGAGAAAACGAUGAGGCCGAUCUGGGCAUCGCAGAGGACUGAGAGUUCAUGGGCUUUCUUGAGCAGCCCCUUUCUCCUCUUCGAGAAGGUCACCUGCCUGCUUAUUGGGUUCUCGAUCUUCCUUAUCUCUAUCUUCCCUCGCCCCAUUGCUGGAUCGGUGUGGUGCAACCUUCAUUGGAGGAGGAAAAUGGAAAGUCUGCGUAAGCGUACUUUGAUCUUCAAAAAGGGAAUUUCUCAGCAUUUCUAUCAAGAAAACCAGCUGCAGAAACACCCAUGGGUCUGAAAUUUAUCGACAGUAAUUCGGGAAAAAACCUUCUUCCAAGGAAUUAACGUGAGAAUUUAAGGUACGAUCAGAGAGGAAGAGAUAAAAUCUGAAAUAGAAAACACACUCCUUCAAGAAUCAAGGAGAAGAACUCUUCUGUUUCUCCUCUCCUUCUUCUUCGGCUUCCCUUUGAUUGCAAUGUAGAAGAAGGUGAGACAGGAAACUGAGAUGGAAGGGUGAGGGUGCCGCUGGUGCUUGUGUGUUUUUCUAACCUGGAGGCUGCAGCUUGGCUUGACUGCUUGAGGAGAAGGUGUAGAAGAGGGAGGAGAGAGAGGGGUCAGAGCAACGCGUUGGGAUGAGAGCUGCUGCAUGUCAUGGUCUCCUUAAGAGGAAUCUAGACUGCCUUACCCCGCCUCCCGCCCCCAUCCACCAUUUCACGGGUACCCGUAUUGGUACGUAUAUUUACAUACCUGAGCUGUUUAUUGGACGUAACUGUUAGGUAUUGAGGAUGAAUCUAUCGAACGUAGAGAGAGAGAGAGACAGAGCCGGAGACACAGAGAGAGAGAGAGAGAGAGAGAGAGAGAGAGAGAGAGAGAGAGAGAGAAACGACAGACAGAGACAGACAGAGAGUCUGUGCGUGCGUGGAAGAAAAAAAGAGAGAUUGUGGGUGAAAGGGAAAAGAGAACGAUAG